AUUAUUUCUGAAAAAGUUUGUGUGUAAAGUUUAGCGACUUUCUUCCUCUUCUUCAUAUUCACACACAUUCAGAGAUUCCUUCGAUACGUUACAAAUUUCAGAAAACCCAGAUCUAUUUCUCUCUUCAGAUCUACGACGUCGUUUUAUAAGCGAGAACAACAACAAUAGUAAUAAUAAAAUAAAAAAAUGGGUGCGAAUCACUCAUCACAAUCCGUCGAAGAUAGCGAUGACGAAGAAGAAGAACAAGAAGAAGAAGAAACCAACAUUAACGGCCAUAUAAGUGGGUCCCAAUUACGUAACCACCUUAUAGUCAAGAAGGUUCUAGAACAAGAACCCGAAAUGCUUCCGUGCCACGCGUCAGCUUCUCCGCUUUCUCCGCAACUCUCGUCUCUCGGAACUCCGCGGCUCGGUCCGUCGAUCAAGGUGUGGGAUCCGUAUAAUGUUUUGGCUCCGCCGACGCCGCUUCAGUCGCCUCCGGCGACGGGGAUGUUUUCGCGGAGUUUUUCGUCGGUGAGUGAGGAGGAGGUUGUGGAGGUUUAUUUGAUCUGUCAUGGGGAAUGUGAGUUGAAUUUGGCGCCGGAGUUGGUUGGUGGUAGGUGUUCGGAGGCGGUGUUGACGCCGAAUGGGAAACGGCAGGCUAGGGCUUUGGCUGUUUUUCUGAAAUCUCAGGGAGUUAGGUUUAAUGCUGUUUAUUGUUCGGUGUUGGAUCGGGCUAGGUCAACCGCGGUUUCGGUGUGUAAGGAAAUAGAUUUUUCAGAGGAGCAAAUUCAAUCCUCAGAGGCACUUUCCGAGAUUAGCCAAGGAAAUUGGGAGGGCUGUCUUCGAUCAGAAACAUACACACCAGAAGUUAUGAGCUACAUUGACAGGUUCCAGCCAGAUUUUGCUGCACCUUCUGGAGAAACACUUAGACAAGUAGAAUUCCGAAUGAUUCGUUUUUUAAACGAAACUGUCUUGGGAUUACAUGAAAAACUGAGACUAGUUUUCUCGUCACAUCAAAAUGACAGUCACACAUUUUCUCAGCACAAUUCCCAUGCUCUCACAAACUCAAUUCAUGACCAAGAUGGAAAUUCUCUCCAUUCAAACCAAUGGGAUUCUCCCUCCAGGCAUCGACCUGCAUUCUCAAGGAAAAAAUCUGGUAAGAGCAGGCUACAAUUUGUGACAACUACCGGAGAUGAGAUUGAAGACGACCUUCCUUCUAGCAACGCAAUCCACGAAAAUUCCCUGCGUAAUUCUAAUUUCAGCAGCUUUUCAUCAUCUGCUUCUUGUAUAGGACUAUUUACUCAUUCUGUGCCAAUCAAGUGUCUCCUUACUGGUCUUCUUGGAUGUAGUCCCUUGAUGUCACAUAAGUUCUGCAUAGAAGACUCUUCAGUGACUGUGUUGCAGCACUCUCUCAGAACUGGUUGGCAGAUAAAAAAGCUGAAUGACACAGCUCAUCUCAGGCUUCUCUAGUGAAAGCUGUACGCAGCCAUCUUAUUUUUUUUUUUGGAUUAUAAAUGUCGCGUGGUUGUCUAUACACCAGUCCUCGAGAUUUUACACCUUUGAUUGUAACCUUUAUUUAUAUCUGCACUGGUACAUUCCGAAAGAGGAAUGAUGCAGUCUUUGGUUUGUUGUAUCAAUUCUUUUUGGUUUAAAGCAUUACUAAAAUUGUUGCUACUAUGAAAAUAUAUACAUGCUAGUGUAUCCAUGUAAAUUCAAUGGCUUUGCCAAUAUGGUAUGUUACAUGUCAAUCAGAGUUAGCAAA